AUGUUUGGUUCUCGCAGACAUCAUCACCAUCAACGAGCAUCGAAUCCGCCUCUCACCCUCCCCUCAACAACAACAAUAACAACAACAACAAUAACAUCAACAACCCCCAACACGAUCCCCCAACCCGCCGAUGCUGCCGCCCAAGCCGCUGCGGCAGCCGUCUUCCGCCGCCAUGACUCCAACACCUCCCUCUCGGCCGCAGCCGCGGCAGCCGCCCUGCGCGCGCGCCCCAUGACCCCCACCAAUGUCGCCGAGGUCCAGACGAAACGAACCCUGCGCCGGAGCGCAUCCAUCGCUUCUUCCCGGUCGGGAGACGGCGGUAGCAUAACAGGAGGAGGGGGUACGGGUCUAAGGAGGAGAGGGAGUAACGCCUCGAUGACAGAGCGCACCUUUCGUACGCCGAGUCCCAGGCCUGUGAACAUGGGGAGUGGAAGGUCGUCGCCGAGGAUUCCGGGAGGGUUGUUUGGAGGGGUGGCGGAGGAAGCACCGCCGCCUGUGCCGUCGCUGCCGAAGGGGUUCGUUGGGGAGGGCGACGAGAGAGUGCCGCAGCAGCAACAGCAACAGCAGAGGCCGCAGCACAGGAAGACGGUGAGUUUGGGGGUGAAUGCUACGCCGUUGAGGCUAGCUUCGCAAACGCUGGCCUCUGGGGAGGGGCCGGCGUGGUUUGGUGCUGCGAAGGUGGGCGAUAUGAGGAAUAUGAGGAGGAUUGAUCCGGCGAUGGCGAGUCCGCCGUCGAGUCCGCCAAGGAUCGGAGAAGAUCAGAAUGCACGGCCGAGCAGCCAGUCGUCGUCGAUUAACUUUUCGUAUCCGACGAGGACGAAGUUGAGUUCGCCGCCUUUGACGAACAGCUGUACCUCGAAUGCCGGGGCCGCGAAUGCAUUCGGCCUGAGCCAAGCGCCUAUGAGUGUGGUCAACCCGAUCCAAGCUCCGAUGCGGACGAGCUUGUCGCAGACAUUCGAUAACAGGCCUGCUAGCAACGGUUCGCAGGUGUCACAAACUGCCCAGGCCACCACGGUGUCCGCUUCGAGUCAGUCAAUCCCAACUCUUGAUGACCAGGUCCUCGUCUACGACCCUAACUCGAGGAGGAUGGUCCCUCAAUCAGAACUACGAGCUCUACAACAGGAGCUGGAGCAAAUUGGUGCCGCUCAACAACCAAUCACAAAACGGAAGAAGAAGGCUCGGAAGGAGGGUUCGGUUCUUGCUGCGGGGACAUUGCGUCGGUCAAGAAUUGAUGCUGCUCACAGCCCGAAGGGUUCCACGGAGUCGGUUGUUUCGCAACAAUCGCAGCUCUCGCAGCCUGCCGAAAUACCUGCGCAAGAUCCGGGGGUAGUUGCUUCUGUCCAAGUUCCCACGGCGACAUCAGUGAUCAUCACCCAGGUCGAUCAACACACUCAGCCGAUUGUAGAAACCUCCCCAGCGCCGCCCCCAGUAGUGGUCCCUGUACAACCGACCGUGCCCCUCGAAAUGCCCCGGCCGAUGGUCCGCCGACUGCCCUCUGUCGUACGCGAGGUUCCUGAGCCCGGGGAGUCGGAAGAUGAUAAUAACAACAAGACUGAGACCAAAACGACUUCGUCUGAAGCUAUCGCCGAUGCGUUUGACUCAGUCCCCCGCCGAACGAGGGUGCCGGUCCAAGGAAGCCCUGUGACACACCUUCGGAGAUCGCCAUCACGGACGUCGACGGCUAGUGUCACACAUCCCGCGAGGGUGUCGCAGAUAUCGGUUGUUGCGACGGUGGCGGAUAUCGAGCCGAUGCCCGUGCCCGACUCUGAGAUUGCACAGGUUGCGAAGGAGGAGGAGUGUAGGGAGAACAGCAGGACAUCGCAGGUUGCUCGGGAAAGGACCCACUCCAACAGUCCCGUGCGGCACGCUCACUUCAGCACCGCCGUGCAAGAGCAUAAUCCGACGAUAAGGCAUUCACCCCCGCCGAGGUCGACUUCACCGAGGAAGUCGGCGCUCAAGAAUAGCACCAGCUCGCCGCGCGGUAUGUCUCCAGCCGGUGGCGCUGACGGAUCUGAGGCGUCGGGUAGCGUUACCCACGACAUUGCUGCUGCCCCUGCAACGAGAAAGAAAUCUGUCCGUGUCAGCUUCGACGACGAGACGACCAUGCCCGGCAAAGACGAGGAGCACCAUGAGUCCAAGAGCAGGAGCGACUCGUCAUCGGCACCUUCGAGUCGGCACAGCUGGCUCGGUCAUUUCGCGAGACGCUCAAACAAGGACUUGUCGGCGCUUGACGCAGAUGAGGGUGUCAUGGGCCCGCGGCCGGCGCUGCCUAGUUUCGGGAGUGUGAGGGACAAGAAGCCGAGGGACACAUCUACGGUUGAGGAGGAACGGCCGCUAGUUGUCAAGCCGAAGAUACAGAGCAAGCCUUCUCAUCAGGGACGUAGCUCCGGGCCGAGUGUUGUGCUUGGGAUGAGUGGUGAUCAUGUCAUCGGUGGGGUUAUUGCUGCACAAGAGCAGCCACAGCAACUGCCGCAGCCGUCAAGGAACGAGGCGAAUACUUCCAAAGUGAGGGAGCCCCUCCCGCCGAUUGUGACUAGCAGAGAGGGUGACGGGUUCCUGAGCGAUACCUCGUCGCUGUUGGAUUCGGAGUAUGAGCCGACGCCGAUUUCGCCGAAAAAGGAAUUUGCCGUUGUGAAGGAGGGCGGACUGCUUGGUGCGGCUAAUGGUUCGGCGGUGCCCGCUGAUAGUCUGUCUGCAGUAGAGGUGGUCCGGGACCAGCAACAGUCCUCGUCGGAGGGUGAGGCUCGUUUGACGACGAAUCCUCUUGUUUUUGCGAAAGAGACUGAAGCAAGAAGCCCCCAGUUGAAGGAUUUACCUGGCGGUUUUCCGGAUAGUGAAUCGGAGCCGGCCUCGUCGGUUGCGGGGAGCAUGUGGCCUGUAGAAGAGAGUGUUGCGGAGGAGAAGCUAAAGAACAACACUCCCCAGGAGACGAUGACUCAAGCAGAUGAUGAGUCGUCGAGUGAUGCAGAGAGUAUCUACGCCGAUGCAUACGAGACUCUGGCAAAUGUUGAUGGCGCCGGGUUCCAGUCGAUCGAUGCUGUUGUGGAGAGGCCGAUGGGGACGAAGGAGCCUGCUGGCUUACAAGACGGUACCUCUACUCAGUGUGCUUCUUCGCAGGCGACCGCUCAGAUUCAGAAGCCUGCUGGGACAUCCGCGGAAACGCCCUCUCAGAAACCGGUUGAGCAAGCCCUCAAGCUGCAAACGGAUGUGUCGUCGGCUACCACGGCGGUUGGGACGCCAUCCUCGUUGACAAGUCCCCAAGAGGAGUGGGAGAGGCUGAAGGCGUUUUGGAAGAGUCUGACGCCGGAGCAGAGGGCGCAGUUUGCGAGGGAGCUGGAGGAGGAUAGACCGGAUGGAAACGACGAUACCAACGGGGCCAACGGGAAGAAAGCCGAGCCAUCCACUACACCCACUACCCAUAAGAAAGCAACGCAAAAGUCGGUUGUCUGGGAUGAUUUGGAGCGCAGGGCACGCGCGGUCGAGCUGGCGCAGCAGAUGAUGGCGCAGCAGGCCAAGGAGAAGGAGAUUGCUUCUUCGCAACCUGUGGAGGAGCCUGCUGCGUCAGCUUCUACGUCCACAUCUACGAUAAAGCGUACCCUGCGCGACGCUCAACCGGCGCCGGCUCAAGCUUCGGGGACUAAGUUGCGAUCGAGCCUCAGGACAAAUGGCUCUAGCAAGGUGGAAGCUACCGCUCCGGCUGCUGUGGCCCCCGAACCAGCAACCAACCAUCGACGCUCAGCAACCCAGCCCGAGCCCAGUUUCGACGUCUCGACCCAAUCUAUCGUCCCCCUCCAGCGCCGCGGCUCGACCGGCAGCGAUAGCAGCUUCAAGCGCUCGCGCCCCAACAAGUCGUAUGGCCUUGGGUUCCGUCACUCGCUGCGUGAAAACUCCCCUGCUCUCGCUGAGCAAGCUCAGGCUCAAGCCGACCGUCCAUUCAAGCGGCUUUCGCUCCGGGGUGCCCCUCCUGCUGGAAGCCCGGGUGCUUCGCCCAUGCAGAAGGUUGAGGAGCAGCUCGCCCCAGGACAGAUGCGCAAAACUCUCCGCGAUAACUCCAGGCCCCCUCCAGCGAGGUCAGCAUCCUUCUCAGCGGGGGAGAAAAAGAAGCCCCGAGGCAAGAGCCCCCUCGGUCUACGCCUACCAAGUCUGCCUGGUCUCUCGUACGGCGGGAAGAAGAGCCAGUCCAGCAGCGUAAAGGCGUCUGGGCCAAAGAAGUUCGCGAGCCGGUUCGCCGAUUCGAGUGACGAUGAGGACGACGGUGUACAGUCUGGGUUUAGAAGUCGGUUUGAGGAUUCAAGUGAUGACGAGCCUCUUCCUAACGCAGUGCCCGUCUUGUCGGGUGCGGCAAGGGCAGCGGGCAUUGCUGCCAUGGCAGGGGCUGACGCCCCGAAUAGGAGUCAAACUGGUUCUGUGGCGAGCACGGCGCUGCCAGAAGAGCUGGAAGAGUCGGAUUCGUCUGUUAAAGAGGAGCGCCAGCCCCCGCCGGCUGCUGUGUCCUCCCCCUCCUCAGUGAAGAAACUUGAUCGUUCCCUUCGGCGAAGCCGUUCCGGCCGGGGACAGCUGCCUGCCCCUGAUCGACCAUCUACCCCCUCCGCUGCCACUGCUACCACCAUCCCUAGUGCGGAGAGUGUGGAUACGACCCCGACCAAACGGUCCCCAGGUACCACGAAGAAGCGUCGCAACAGCCUCAUCUCUGUGCUGCGCCCUUUGCAUCUCCAGCGCAAGAAACAUGACUCUUCUGUCGACGGAGCGGGGAAAAUUGUCCGGCCGGAGGUGAUCGAGAGUCCUGCGAGGAGGGAUACACGGUUGGAGAGGGAUGUGAGGGAGUUGAGGAGGAUUAGGCGUGGGAGCAGCGAGAGUCAGAUUAGGGAGGAGGAGGAAGGGGAGGGGGAGCAGGAGGAGGUGAGUACGGAGGUUGAGGAGGCUGUGUCGGGAAAGAAAGGGAAGUUGCAGAAGCGGAUUAAGAGGGGUGAGUCGGUUAGGGAGAGGGGGAGGGGGAGCGGGAAGGGGAAAGAGAAGGAGGUUCAGGGAGCUGUCAGCGGGGAGAAUGCUGGCCCUGCUGGUGCCGAGAAUGCUGCCCCAACUCUCAGCGUCCAGGACGAACCCCAACAACCCCUAGACCAGCCCCAGCCCCAACCUCAACCCGAACCACAACCCGAACCACAGCCCGAACCACAACAACAACCACCCCCUGAACCCCCCUCCCCAUCCAUCUUUCGCCCCCUCUUCAAACGCACCGGUACCUCCUCUUCCAUCCCCUCCGGCCCAGCAGCAUCCUCCGCCAACCUCGGCACCCGCACCCUCGCCACCAACCCCCCCCCUACCAGACCCUCUCACACAGGAGGCUCCCUCCGCCUGCCACGCUUUUCCCACAGCACAAGUAGUCAACACCCCCCACAGCAAGUCCAACAAAGGAGGGUGUCAUCGUUGGUAUUACCCAGUUUCUCGGGACAUAACAAUAACACAGGGAGCGCGGUCCCAUCAGCAGCAGCUAGCGACGCCGGCUCAUUCAUGGGACCCAUCCCCGAUGUUGGAAGAUCAAACACUGAUGUCGCUACCGGGGGUGUCUCAGGGGCGGGUAGCAUAGCAGGUACGGUGUCUUCUUCUGGUGGUGGGGAGAGAAAGAAGCGUUUUGGGAAGUUGAGGCGGAUGUUUAGACUCGAGGGUUAG